AUGGAGGCCACCGAAGACAAGCAAUCGCCCUUCAUGCCCAUGUUCGAGACCUUCCGCGCCGAAUUGGACGAACACCACGACCGCCGAGAACGCACCAUCAAAGCAUCGCGAGACAUAACCGCUGCAUCAAAGAAGAUAAUUCGCAAACUCGCCCAUCCGCUACCUGCACAUGUCAACAAGAACAAUGCACAAUACUACGACAUUAUCAAAGAUCGCUACAACACAGUCUCUGCCGACCUCCAAGGAUUGAAUGCCUGGAGAUAUGCCCGCAACAUUACUGGUGGCAAUCAAGAGUACAUGGAAGCUGCUAUUUUCCAGCAUUAUCUGACCACUGGAACGCUGCUCACAUAUGAAGAGUCGGUCGAGCAAUUGCGCGCGUUAGGUGGUGAGGGUGGUCCGGUACAACUCACCGUCGAGGACUAUCUGCUCGGUGUCUUCGAUAUGACGGGUGAACUGAUGCGUUUCUCCAUUACCACCAUGGCUACCGAUGGCAAACUCCCUUCUGUCGACUCGAGUGACAGCACUACGUCGGCGGAUAAGAUGGACGUGGAUUCUCAACCGAGCAGUCACAGAGAUGUUCUCACGGAUCUUCGUACGCUGCGUUCAGAGCUGGAAGGCUUGAACGUCGGCUUCGGCAGUUCCUUCGCCCGCGAUGUGGACAAGAAGAUGGAUGUUAUGCAGACAAGUGUCGAGAAGGUGGAAAAGGCCUUGUACGGUUUAGUCAUUCGAGGCAGGGAAAGACCGAAGGGAUGGAUGCCCGAUCUCGACUCUGGUCCACGCAGAGACGUCGAAGUCGAUGCUUAA